UUUGGAUUACAUGUGCCGGAAUAAUUUAACCUAAAUGAUCUUCAAAUGAUAACUGCUUUUACCAUAAUAUGUCUGUACAGAAGCUAAAAAGAUCUCAGAAAGAUGUUGGUGUAUCAAAUGAAUCAGUGUCUGCGACAGUGAAAAAGGCUUUUAAGAAAAAUUCCAGUUGGGAAGAUAAGGAUGAAUUCCUUGAUGUAAUAUACUGGUUUAGACAAGUGUUGGCAAUUAUUUUAGGCAUUAUUUGGGGUCUACUACCUUUAAAAGGAAUCCUUGCUAUAGCACUAUUUGCCCUUAUAAAUGCUGGUGUAUUGUAUAUAUACUUCACAAACUUUCAAAAGAUUGAUGAAGAGGAUUACGGUGGACCAUGGGAACUGACUAAAGAAGGUUUUAUGACAUCAUUUGCCUUAUUUUUGAUUAUCUGGAUUAUAUUUUACUCUGCUGUCCAUUUUCCAUAAUGUUGUGGAUGGACUCUGUUGUACAUCAACACUGAAGAAUGAGGAAUACAGUGAUUAUCAGCAUCAUCUCACUUGAUCUCACUGUAGUUAUGGAUUGACCCAGUAAUUAACAAUUAUUCGCCGAAGGCGAGGUGAAUAUCGUCGAAUAAUCCCGAGACGAAGUCGAGGGGAUUAUU